ACCCUGCGGUCCGCUGAGCGGCGCUGCAGUCUGUGGGCGGAGCUGAAAGCUGUGUUUCCGGUUCCGGCCUCCUAGUGUUUUGUUGUGUUGUUCGUCGUUCUGUGGCAGCAGUUUAAUUCUCCUCUUCCGCUCUUUACCCGUUCACAUGUUCCGCGCUCCAGACAGACAUCAGCGGAGUCCCGGAGCUCCACGACCGGCGUCCGGCUGGGGCUUCCCCCGCUCCCCAUACGGAGGCUCCUCGCGGAGCUACUCCCCCUACUCUCCGGGAUCUCCAGGCUACUCUCCGGGUUCUAAUCGAGGAUACAGAGACGGAUCUCCAGCCGGGUUCGGAAACGGUUCCGGGGGGUUCGGAGAUACGUUCGGCAGCGGCUCGCGCGGUUUCGGGGGUCCGAUGCGGCGCAGAGGGGACGGUUUCCGGCGGCCACAGUCCCUCAGUCCAACUUCAGCUCCGAACUUCAAGUCUUCAGACGCGCCCGUGCAGAAAUACUUCAGCCCGUCUAUGAUGCAGGAUCCGUGGAAAAAUCUGCAGCCCGUAACCACCGUGGAUGCCGCUGCUGCCAGGCAGAUCACAUGACUGGAAAUACUACAAGUGGUGACCACAUAACAUCACCAGCAAGGAUCAAUAACUGAUGAGACGAACUGAAGUUUUUAGUCAGAUGUUUUAACCUUUUUAAAAACUGUUUUUAAACUGUUUGUGAAAAGAAGUUUUAAGUUUUUAAAAUAUAAAAAGUUAAAAUUUUUCUUCAAAUCUUCGUUUGUUCUUUAAGCUCUGAAAAGAAAAGGAAAAGGUGAUCCGCAUCGACUCUGUGCUCUGCAUAAUUUAAAAUGACAAAAGUAUGUAUGCACAUACAAGGAACUGGGCUCGGGUUAUUUAAAGAACAACGAGCACACACGAUAGCGACAGCAGCAACACUGGGUGUGUAGUGGCAAGAAUAUGCAGUAUGUAUGACAGUACAGGGGAGACAAUACUAAAAGCCAGGCAAUAUUACGUUAAGACUGAAUUUAAUUGUAGGAAAACUCACAGUUAACAGUCCAAACUAUGCUUAAAAUGAAACUGAGGGGUACGUGGACAAGUUCACAUCUGCCUUAUCAGAAGUCAAUCAAAAACUACAUUCAUGAAAAAUCAACUCUUCUGUUUAACAUGAAAAAUAUGUAAACAAUUUAACAUUGAGCUCUUACUUAUUGAGUACUUUGAUUUUAAAAUAAUAAUAAUAAAAAUGCUCUCUGCAACUUAGAAAUAAAUCCAAAUGAAACAGCUUGAAGGAUUCAUCCACGUAAACACAGCAACAACAUAAAGUGCUAAAAACUACACAUGCAGCCCUGCAGUGGAACACUUUGUGCAACCUGAAAAAGGGAAUUUACUUAUUAAAUGUUACAUGUUGGAGUGUUUUCUCAGUGCUUACCUUUCAGUUUCCACAUUAGUGUGCAGAAAUACAAGCUUGUCCAUGUGGUCGGCUCUCAGGAAUAGGGCAGGGCAAUAUGGCCAAAAAUAUUUAUCACUAGAUAUAUUUGAAAAUUUGUGAUAACAAUAUGACUGACGAUAUAAUUGAUGUGAGACAAAAUAGAUAAACAGACGCAGGAAGUUAACGUGUUGGCACCGUCAUACGUGUUCCUGCAGAGCAGGGCUGUUUACCUGUUAGGUCACCACGGUAACCAAAUCAAAUCACUUUUAUUCAAAUCAAAUCACUUUUAU